AUGCGUACACAGAUGAUGACCUGAUGCUCUACUGGAAAAAGGGAAACGAGUCGCUCAACACGGACGACAGAAUCUCCCUGUCCCAGUUCCUGAUCCAAAAAUUUCACACCACCACAAAGCUGGCUUUUUACAGUAGCACAGGCUGGUACAAUCGUUUGUACAUCCACUUCACCCUGCGACGCCACAUCUUCUUCUUCCUGCUGCAAACUUAUUUCCCAGCUACUCUCAUGGUCAUGCUSUCCUGGGUGUCSUUUUGGAUCGACCGCAGGGCCGUGCCCGCCAGGGUACCACUAGGCAUCACCACAGUGCUGACCAUGUCCACCAUCAUCACCGGGGUCAAUGCCUCCAUGCCCCGGGUGUCCUACAUUAAAGCGGUGGACAUUUAUCUCUGGGUCAGUUUUGUUUUUGUCUUCCUGUCAGUGAUAGAGUACGCUGCAGUGAACUACCUCUCAACCGUGCAGGAGAGGAAAGAGAGGAAGCUGCGGGAGCGACUGCCGUGCACGUGUGGCAUUGGCAACCCCGAUGAGAUGAUGAUCGACCCACAGAUCACCGGGUACGGGUCCAUGGACAUCAACACCACAGGAAACUACGGGAUGCCAGAGAACGGCGGCCGCCAGGAACGGAUUCUGGCCCAGGUGGCGCUGAACGACCCGCAGAUCACAGGCCAGGUGAAGGCAUCCAGAGGUUACGUGAACAUCUGGAUUGACACCCAUGCCAUAGACAAAUACUCGAGGGUCGUCUUUCCCGGAGCGUACAUUCUCUUUAACAUCAUCUACUGGUCCAUAUACUCGUAAACUGGGAUGUGUUCGAACACAGAGAGCAGUGCGUGAUGGGACAACUGCUCGGCUCAGUAGCUCACGAGCUAAAAAGGACGACUGAACUGCAUUUGCUUUUCAAAUGAAACUGCUCAUUAGAUGCAUGAGCAUCAUUUCCAGAUGGGUAACAUUUGCCUUCAUGACCCAGCCUCUUAAAACUGAUGAGUUUGAAAAUGAAGUACUGACAAUCAGGACGGUGGUUUCAGCGUUUUAAUCAAUCCGUCAAACCUGUGUGAUCUCCUGCAUUCGAACUUUCGAUGGAUCGCUGCGACAUGAGGGUUCUGUGUGCGUCGACGUUCACAAAAAUGAACUUUAAACGCAGCUGAGAAUGCAGCGAUUUAGAUUUUCAACAAAAAAUAUGAACUGAAAACACGCUUGUUAUUACAUCCAGUGCACAGACACGUCCUGUCUGCAUAUGAACUAUAUAUGACAAUCAACGACAAACAUUUUAGGGAAUAGUUUGACAUUUUGUUCAAAUAAAUUUGGCUUGCUUUCUGGUGAGGAGAAUUAAUGUCGGGGACAAYAAGUUAGCAGCUUCAUUCAAGGUUGAAGAAAAUCCAGCUUUUUACAAAAACAAACGCAAAAGUCCAGUGUUUGAAAAGGUGAUGUGCUCAACUAUUUCUUUGGUAUUUCAAGACGAAGAUUAACUUUAAGAAUGCUGCUGAUUUCUUAGCAACUGCUCAACCCAGGUAGGAAAUAGUUUUUUUUUUUGUUUUUUUUUUUUUGCUGUAUCAAACAAAUAAGCAUGGUAAUUUACCAGUUUUCAACUUGCACAUGGACAGGUUUUCAUACCUAAGAAUAAAACAAGGCUAAUUAUUCCCUCUGUUUCUAGUUUCUGUGCUCAGCUGGAGCUUUUUUUAUUUAAUUUUACAGACCAUGCAUUCAAUACAAAGAAAAAUCAAUGUAGCCAUCAUGGUGUCCUGUUAGUUUUGGGCAAACGUGAAAGUUUAACUGCCAGUGUGUGAAGCAUUCUUGCAAAGGCUGAUACAUCAGGGAAGCUGAAAACAUUUUUGGUACAAACCUUGAUUUAGAAACAAUGACAGAUUUGACAAAGGGAAAAAAAUGUUGGUCAAAUAUUCAAAAUGUGGUACCAAUGUUCUAUCUAUUGAUAAACAGUAAACCGAAAAAAAAAAAGAUUUUUCUCACAAAUCUUGCAUGUUGUCUAGAUAAAUUGCUUCCAAAUACUUUCUACAACCUCAAUUUUGAAAAAGGUGAGUYGUUGUGUAAAAAGAAAUUAUUUGCAAAUCUCAAAUCCAUAUUGUAUUUACAGUGAAACUUAGAAAAUAUAUCAAACUAAAGAACUAUCAAUAAAAAAGUUAGUUUGACAGGACUGUAUUUACUCUGUGCUUCCCUUCUUUUUGAACUACYGUCAAUAAACAUCUAAAAACUAAA